AUGUAUCAAAAUGGACAGCGAGAUGCGACCCGACCUUUUCAGGUCCCGCCUCCCCCUCCGCCCAUGUCUCCGCCGCCCUCCGUCGGGCUCGGCAACAUGAUGGCCAUCCCGCCUCCGCCCCCUCGGUACCCAAGUGCUACCGGCAGCGCCGGCAAUGUUCUACUUCCUCCACCUCCGGGACCGCCGCCUAACCCGUCCUUCCCGUCGAGCGCCCUCCCACCCCCGAGCGCCUUGGGCAACGCACCAUGGCAUGGAGCUUGGGGCCGUGCCUACGACGGCCGAACCACCUUCAACAUCCCCCCUCCCCCGCCCAGUGGCGCUGGCGCCACUGUCCUGCAAGCCUACAACCCGAAGCUGCAUGCCCAAGCUCUGGCUGCCGCCAAUGCCGCCGCCUCAGCUGGUCCGACAAGCCUUACCGUGCCCCCGCCGCCGCCGCCGAGCGAGCAGAUGAGCGCGACCUACAUUCCUCAGGGAGAUACGUAUGGAGAGGGCGUUGGAAUUCCGGGCCUGGGACUGGCCGACGAUGGCGUCCAUGGCUGGGGCGCUGGCGCGCUGGACUCGGCCACUGCAACGCCGCUGGACGAGACGUCGGGCCGUGACAGACUCUAUGUUGCCGCCAUCGGUCAGCGGGUUUUAUCUACUGCCACCAAUGCCAGCACCACCUCCGUGUCGUCGAUCCCCCCCGAGCUUGCGGCCCAGUGGCCGCUGGAACGAGUGCUGGCCUGGCUCCAAGCGAACAACUUCUCCCGGGAAUGGCGAGAGACCUUUAGGACGCUCAAUCUUCACGGGACUCAGUUCCUCGAGAUCGGAAGCAGCCGUGUGGGACGCGGGAAUUUUGGCAUGAUGCAUCAACAAGUGUAUCCAGAGCUCCAUGUGCAGUACAAGAAGAACAACGGAGUCUGGGAUCUGCCCAAGGAAAGGGAGGAGGCAAAGAGGUUGCGGCGGCUGAUUCGGGGCAUCAAUACGGGGCAGCCUGUCGAUCUUCACAGUGUCUCGGCCGGCCAUGCUCGCAAAGAGUCCAGUACCGCCGUUGCUGCACCCACCGCCAGGGCCGAAUCGCGGGCUGACUCUGCCGAAUCUCCCAAUACGCCAAUCAGAGCCCCUGGCCCCGGCUUUGGCGGGAGGCGCUUUUCGCAGUCACGCUCCACCACUAUGCCAAUGCUCAGCAGCACCAUGAGCUCCGAGUCAAAUCAUAGGAGCCUCAUGAAGAAUAUCGACACCGAGGUUGCUCGUCGGCACAGUCCAACCAUUAGCGAAUCGGGCGAGGCAGGGUCGUACCGCAAUUCCGGACAUUUGGCAAGGGACAGCCCUAGCGGGAGCCCGGCUCUCCAGUCCGGCCUCUUACCUCCGUCCUCCACAGCGGGCAACGCCUCGGCGUCACCGCACACCACCAUGUUCGGUCAUCGCACCCGCAGCAGCACCGACUCAAUAUCUUCCAAUGCCGCCAUUUACGGGUCCGGUGUUCCGCCUGACGCAGCAGCCAUGCUCAAGAGUGGCAUGAACAUCGCUGACGUCGUGAAUGCCGCCAGCGGGCCCGAGGCACACGGUCGACGGUACGCUCAAGAUGGUGGCCGACCCUCGCCACAAGAUUCGGGAGACAGAAGCGCAGGAACAGACCCACCGGGGAGCGCAAAAGGCAGCACAUCGUUUUUGUCCUUCCUCAGGGGCAAGAAGAGGCCGGAUGACCACGAUUCACCGACCAGCCCGGGACUGCAUGUCAAGAUGCAUUUGUCAGGACUCCGCCAUGGGAACGGAAGCGAAACCUCGCUUGAGAGACCGGCUUCCCAGCGGGCAAGCAGCAACCGCAUCUUCAUUCUUGCCACCGCGGAUUGCUGGAACUACCGCAUGCUAGACGUCACAGACGUCACGACACCGUCCGAGCUGCGACAACUGGUGUGCAUCAAUCUCGGCCUCCAAGGCAGUGACGGCGCCCAGAUCUAUUUCACAGAGCUGGGCAAGUUCGAACACGACGAAGAAGCGCUGGAUGACACGAGACUCCUCACAGCGAAGCAUCAUAUGGGCGACGCGGUUGGAUCCCUCAAGCUGUUUGUCCGGCCAGCCGAGGUUCAAUCUGCGGCUGGCCAGACGGUUUCGUCCGGACAUCUGACUGUACCCCAUGAUCAGGAAGCAUAUGCCAAGCUUGACGGACGACAGCGGUCUAGUUCAUCGCCCCCUACCUCCAGACAGAAUACCCUCAACAGCAGGGAUCGAGACGAAAAGAUGUUGACGACCGAGGCCAUUCAAUACAGGACCGAGCAGCUCCGAAAACAGCAGGAGUAUCUUGCCAAGCGUAAGCAGGCUGCAGAGGCCAAGGAUAGCAGCCCGUCUACGGAGACACCAUACGGCAUUGUGGGCAGGAAUGUGAUCGACUUUGACCAGCCGAGACUCUCGCCUUACGAGGACAGGAAGAUCGACAACCUGCUCCCGGUUCGCAAGGCGCCCGCCCCGCCUGAAAACCCCUCCGACACACUGCUCAAGGCUAAUUCGUUGAGCAAGAGACACGGCCCGCGCUCCUCGCAAGGGAGUGCCGAUGGCGGCCGUCCGAAACGCACGUCAUCAGAUUUGCGCGAGCAAGCCAUGCUUGAGAAGCAAAGACCACGGGGAGGCAUGGCGGCUUCAGAAGGCGGUAUCCACGGCCUGUUGGUGGGAAUGGCUGGACGGAUGGCUGGCAUCGGACAUCCCGCUGCGGGCGGCCACAGGGGGCUCUCACCGCACAGGGUGUCCUCGAUGCCGGUGACCAACAAUGAGGUUCAUGAACGAGGUAAGGGAGCCAUGUCAACCGUUGACUUUGGUCAGCGGACCCGUUCUGGUUCCGGCGGAGCGAGCCCCAGGAUCGGACCCGUUCCUGGGUCGCCGGGCUCUACCACGUGGAGCCCCAAGAAUGUGCCGUUUCUUGUGCCGGACUUCUCGCCGACCCAUGAGCCUGAGAGCUCAGCGUCCGCCGGAGCAGGUCCCAGUCCUGAUGGAUUCCACCGUGAAACAGAGGCUAAGAUUACUCGAGCAGCACGCGCUCCGUCGCCGGGGGCUGUUAGUCCCAGUUCCCGCCGGCCAAGCCAUACCUUCUCGACAAACGAAGCACAAAACAAGCGCAAGUCGCACGGCCCGGACACCGACUUCCAAGACAAUGACGUCAGGUUCUCCCAGAGCUCGACGCUCCUCCCGAACAACACGGCCGAUGACGACUCGGGUGAUGAUUCGGAUGACGGCUUGUUCGCGGUCCCCAUCGCAGGACGCGCAGCCGCCAAGAAGACAUCAACCACGGCUGGGGGCGGCGAAUCUGACGGCAGCUGUAAACCGCCCAGUCUACGGGUCAACACCAAACGCUCCAGGAAAAGGCUAUCGGUCGCAUUCACGUCACCUCAGUCAAGCGCUGAUGGGAAGGUGCCAGCUGACGGCGAUGAGGACGGGACGAGCGGCCAAUCUUCGCAGCGGCGCACACCUGGCACUCCGGGUUCCGAGGGCUGGGAGUCGGAAGACCGCGAGAGCAAGCUUACCAGGCGCAAGUCGUUCAUCGAGAAGGACGUCUGGGCCAACCGCCCGCCUACCGACGAACUCAUCAACAAUCUCGAGGACUUCUUCCCGAAUGUGGACGUGGACCAGCCGGUGCUUGAGGAGGGAGACGUGGCGGAUAUGCCUCCGUCACCAAUUGCCGAAGGGGAUGAGACACAGGGAGAGCAGAGUUCAGCCCAGGCCUCUGCUCUGCCGCCCAUGCCGCCGCUACCUGCUGGGCUGUCAUCGAGCCACAAUAGGGUCUCCUCCAUCUACAACGAGAGCGAUACGCUAGGGUCCGAUGAAUCCACUCUCAAGGCUCUCGAUUCGCGACCCGUAUCCAUGCAGACGUUGGCACACCGUAGCGUGCGCAAAUCCGGAGGUCUGGGCCGGAUGAAGUCGAUCCGAGAAGUUGCGCGCGGCGCGCACGAAGCGAGCAAACGCUACACCCAGACGUCCGGGUCGAUUCCGGGCCCUUCGAGGGCGAGCACAGACAAGAACACCAACCUGAUGCGCCGCAAGAGCACCAAGAUGUUCAACGCCAACAUCGUGCAGAUUCGGCCAGAGCGCGGGUCGCUCAACAUGGCCAUGGGACUCAACACGAUCCCGCAGGACAACCUGCCGAUGCAGCAGAACAACCCCAAUGUCCCUAAGCGGCAGACGACCUUCCGGUGGUUCAAGGGCCAGCUGAUUGGCAAGGGCACCUUUGGGCGUGUUUAUCUGGGCAUGAACGCCACGACCGGCGAGUUCCUGGCCGUCAAGGAAGUCGAGGUCAACCCCAAGGCGGCGCAGGGCGACAAGAAGAAGAUGCAGGAGCUCGUGGCGGCGCUGGACCAGGAGAUCGACACGAUGCAGCACCUCGACCACGUCAACAUUGUGCAGUACCUGGGCUGCGAGCGCAAGGAGACGAGCAUCUCUAUCUUCUUGGAGUACAUCUCGGGCGGGUCGAUCGGGUCGUGCCUGCGCAAGCACGGCAAGUUUGAGGAGCCCGUCGUGGCGUCGCUCACGCGGCAGACGCUGUCGGGCCUGGCGUACCUGCACCGCGAGGGGAUUCUGCACCGGGACCUGAAGGCGGACAAUAUCCUGCUGGACCUGGACGGCACCUGCAAGAUCAGCGACUUUGGCAUCAGCAAGAAGACGGACAAUAUCUAUGGCAACGACAAGACCAACUCGAUGCAGGGGUCCGUGUUCUGGAUGGCGCCCGAGGUGGUGCGCUCCGAGGGCCAGGGGUACAGCGCCAAGGUGGACAUUUGGUCGCUGGGCUGCGUGGUGCUCGAGAUGUUUUGCGGGCGCCGGCCGUGGAGCAAGGAGGAGGCUGUCGGGGCGAUUUACAAGAUUGCUAAUGGCGAGACGCCGCCAAUUCCGGAUGACGUUCGCGAGGAGAUCAGUCCGAUUGCGAUUGCUUUCAUGCUGGAUUGCUUUACUGUGGACCCGACGGACCGGCCGACUGCCGACGUCCUUCUCUCGCAACACCCGUUCUGCGAGCUCGAUCCCAACUAUAGCUUCUUGGAUACCGAGCUGUAUGCUAAGAUCAGGGGGACGUUCAAGUAA